CGGUCCGGACGCACCGCACCCUCGUCCCGCGGUCCCAGCCCGGCCACGUCCAGUACUACCGCGACGAGCGCGACAACAAGCACUACCCGCAACCCGAGCUGUCGCUCCCGUUCCCGAUCGUGCCCAAGGCCGUCCCGCCCAAGCCGGCCGACCUCGAGACCAACUCGAUGUCGCCCCUCAAGCUCCUCCUCACCAAGGACAAGGCGAGUGGCGCAGGCGGCCUCGCCGCGACGGCGGCCGCGAACCGGUUCAAGAAGGCGCACGAGGGCGCAGCAGGCGGCGCCGAGUCGCCGGCCAAGCCGCGCGUCGACAAGAAGCGGCCUGUCGUCAAGCCGUUGCCGAGCCUCGAGGAGCUCGGCCUGCACGAGCACAUCAUCGACGGGCAGUGGUUCUGCGCCAACUGUGGAGUACCUGCGAGCGUCGCUGUCGGUCGUCGCAAGGGCCCGACGGGCAAGGACAGCCUCUGCGGUCCCUGUGGCAAGUACUUCCACCGCUUCAAGCGCCAACGGCCCUGCACCUACACGCGCGACCACGACACGCACCUGCGCCUGCGAGUCGACGACGACGUCAAGCACCCGAACCCGAAGGCGGCGCGCAAGCGUGGAGGAGCCGCAGCUGCCGCCGCCGCAGGCGUCGCCGCCGAGAUGGCCGAGGCGGCUGCUCGUUCUACGCGCACGAGCGGCAGGGGCACGCCGGCGUCGCAGGCCCUGUCGCCGCAGUCGUCGGACCAGGACGACGACUCGGACGACGACGACGACGAUGAACCCGUCCUCUCGCACCGCGCCAGGCGCCGGCGUGCCACCGCGCACUACGGCUCGCCCGACACGCCGUUCGUCCAGCUCGACUCGGACGACUCGGCGCGCAGCUCGGGCGAGGGCUCGCCGCCCGCGACGAGACAGCGCACGCUCCCGCCAGGGCAGCCGAGCCCGCCGCCGCCCCGGAUGCCCACCAUUCCGGGACCUGCCGCCGUCGCUGCGCCUGCACCUGUUCCUGCACCUCAACCACUUCCAUGGAUGCUCGAGGCUGCGGCCGAGCUUCGCGCCAAGCAGGUGGACGACCGCUUCGAGAUCAUCCCGCGUCCUCGCCCGUCCGACCCGAACGUGCAAGAGUGGCGCAUUCGCUGCCUCGACUGCCCCGGCAAGCUGUACAACCUCGGCCCGGGCGAGUCGCUCGACGGCUUCCUCGUGCACUUCAAGAACCGGGUCCACCGCGCGAAUGUAGAUGCGCGCCUCCUGCGCGAGCAAUGAGCCAUCCUCGUCGUUCUC